AGCAAACAUAUUUCGGUCCCUCGCGUACACAACGCAUAUGGUGUCAAGUUUCUGUGGAAAAAAUAAUUUUGUUGUCAAGUUUGGGCACAAAAAUAUGGGUGGAAUUACUCAUCUUAAUUACUGGACUUGUUUCCGAUCAAUUGUGAGACAAAUUGAGUCGUGAAGAAGCUGCAAUUUCAACUCGCAAAGCAGAAGAUUCUGUCCGGCAGUGUCGACCCGUGGGAUUCAAUGUUUUUGCAAAUUGCAUUGAAUUAUCAACAACAGAUAUCAUUGGGAAAAUGAGUUAUCAGUGAAGCGCUAUCUGUAAUAAACAAUCAGCAAAACAAAAUAUCUGAUAAGCAACGUUAGCAGUUCAGUGAAAACCAAACAAGUUUGUGGUGCAUCCUCGAAUAAAGGCCACCUGCUUAUCCGUACGCGUAUCGAUUUUCUCGAAAAUAAACAAAGCCAGAAGAAAGCUGGGAAGAUUUUCGUUUUUCCGUAUGUCAGAUCUCGAUGUUACGAUGUUCCUUCUUCACUAAGUUUUGGUGGAAAUGUUUGCAAAACGUUCAAAUUAAGUGUAAACAAGAUCUUCUUCCAGCGGAUAAUGCUUUUACUAGGCGUAUACGAAGGAUGUAAUUGAAUCUUCUCUGUGGAAUUUGUAGUUCAUUUUCAAGUGUAAUCACCAAGCGGAUAAACCAUGUCAGUUCAGAUGACACGAUACAAACAGGCCCAGUUCGCCGACGAGGACAGCAGCAGCAUCGGAUCGAUUCAGAUCAAUGAAACGACGCGUAGUCCGACGAUGCACAUUCGCUAUCACACCGCUAGGGGGACGUCGCUGUGGAAUGCCCGCAGUAAGCUGGAGAAGAUACUCCUGUUGCUGAUGCUGCUGUCUACCGUAACCAUUGCAGUACUGAUCGGGGUUCUUACGACCGAAAGUACCCGGGUGCUGCACGUGCAACCGCACGUGGACUCAAAUAUUUAUAAAGGUGACGCUGCUCUUCCAUGUUUGGACAAGCAUUGCAUUUUCGCUGCCAGCGAAAUCCUGCAUUCAAUUGACACAACGGUGAACCCGUGUGACGAUUUUUACAGUUUCUCCUGUAAUCAAUGGAUAAAAAACAACCCCAUCCCAGACGGAAAGUCCAUGUGGGGAACCUUCGGAAAACUGGAGCAGCAGAACCAGUUGGUGGUGAAGAAUGCUCUGGAACGACCGGAGGUCGAGCUCAAAUCAAAGGCGGAGAAAAAGGCCAAACUGUACUACCAGUCCUGCUUGGACGAGGACGAAACGAUGGAAAAGUUGGGGGCGGAACCUCUGUUGAAACUGCUCAAGACCGUUGGAGGAUGGAACGUGACCGCUAAGGAAAGUGGGUUUGAUUUGAAGAAGUGGUCCUUGCAGAAGUCUCUGCAGACGUUGCAGAUCAAGUACAAUAUGGGUGGCUUGUUUGGAUGGGCUGUAGCAGAAGAUGAUAGGAAUUCUUCAAGGCAUAUUAUUCAGAUUGACCAGGGUGGACUGACAUUGCCUUCGAGGGAAAACUAUUUAAACAAAACGGCAAAUGUUAAAAUUUUGGCAGCGUAUUUGGACUACAUGACCAAGGUGGCCGUUCUUCUGGGGGCCAAUGAACAGGACGCUCGCCGGCAGAUGCAAGAUGUGGUUCAGUUUGAAACAAGAUUGGCUAAUAUCACCAUUCCACAGGACAUGAGACGGGACGACGAGGAGAUGUACCAUUUGAUGGAUAUAAAAUCGCUUCAAAAAAGUGCGCCCUUCAUCAAUUGGCGGGAUCAUUUCGACGAAGCGUUCCGGUUGGUGAAACGGAAAAUCACAGAGAAGGAGAAGGUGGUGGUGUAUGUUCCAGAUUAUCUCACCAAUUUGAAUACGCUCAUCGAGGAGUACACCAAGACGGACGAGAAGAAAAUUAUUCUGAACAACUAUCUAGUAUGGCAAACGGUUCGUACUCUGACGGCAUGUUUGUCCAAGGCCUUCAGAGACGCGUACAAAGGCCUGCGUAAGGCACUGAUCGGAUCGGACGGAGGAGAAGAACCGUGGCGCUACUGUGUAAGUGAUACAACAAAUGUGUUAGGAUUUGCGAUUGGAGCUAUGUUUGUACGGGAAGUUUUUCACGGUGAAAGUAAACCACGAGCCGAAGAAAUGAUCAAUGAAGUACGCAAUGCGUUUAAGGACAAUUUGAAGAAUCUUGUUUGGAUGGACAACGAUACGCGUAAGUUGGCGGAGGAGAAAGCGGAUGCGAUUUCCGAUAUGAUUGGUUUCCCAGAUUACAUUCUGAGCCCGGAAGAUUUGGACAAGAAGUAUCAAGAUCUCUACAUCGACCCUAAGGCAUAUUUUGAUAACAAUAUAAACUUCAAUAUCUAUAGUUUGAAGAAAAACCUGGAGAAACUAGACCAACCGGUGAAUAAAACCCGAUGGAACAUGACUCCUCCUACGGUGAAUGCUUAUUACACUCCGACCAAGAAUCAGAUUGUGUUCCCAGCUGGAAUACUCCAGCUACCAUUCUUUGAUAUGAAAAACCCAAAAAGUUUGAACUACGGCGCAAUGGGUGUGGUAAUGGGUCACGAAUUGACGCACGCUUUUGAUGACCAAGGUCGGGAGUACGACAAACUUGGAAACCUCCACCAAUGGUGGAAGAAGGAAACAAUUGAUAGGUUCAAGAAUCAAACUGAAUGCUUCAAUCGACAGUACAGUACUUACAAAAUAAAUGGAAAGAAUCUCAACGGAAAGCAAACGAUGGGAGAAAACAUCGCAGACAACGGAGGCCUCAAGGCUGCCUUCCAUGCGUACAUUUCGAACGAAAAGUUGAGCACAUCGGAUACAGACACUCUACCCCUACCGGGACUAAACAUGACCCAUCGUCAGCUAUUUUUCAUUUCCUUCGCUCAGGUUUGGUGCUCGGCUGUGACCGAUGAGACUACCACGUUACAGAUCGAGAAAGAUCCCCACUCUCCACCGAUGUUCCGGGUCAUUGGAUCGUUGUCCAAUUUGAAAGAGUUCGCCGAUACCUUCAACUGCCCGCUGGGAUCGCGAAUGAAUCCGGAACGCAAGUGCGAGUUGUGGUAAAGAGAAGACUGCUCCCGAGGGAUACCCGAGGGUUAUUUGGAAAACGAUGGACGUAUUAACCCCAAUAGAAGAAUGAUCUUUAGUUUAAGGUUCUGUGUACAAAAAGUGUUACCUUAUUUCAAAGAAAACCUAUGUAGAACAGAUGUUCUGUUAAGUCUCACCAGUUGAGUAAGUAACUAGUCCUGGAAUAUGCCAAAUGAACAUACCCAAAGAACAAAAAUAUUUACGUCAAUAGAUCCGUUUUAGAGAUAUCCUUGCUAAUCCAACCCAGUAACGUAACGCUAACACGAACAAAUAUUGAACAAACCAAGCGAACAUGUUUUGAGAUAGAAAACCUAGCGAUAAGUGUAUUCAAUUUUUACAAGUUACUAAAUGAGAUUGAGGCAACAGAUCAAAACAAGACAAAAAACUUCCGCAGUGCGAAUGUUCGAUAAGAAAAGAGAGUUUGGAAUCAGUCCAACCGUUGGCAUUUGAAGACAAAACCAUCUGGUUCCUUGCGGUAACCACGUUAAUCAAAACUUACAUACACAUAAUAUCAGGAAAAAAGAAAAUCUCUGUGUUGCAUCCGAUUAGUUAUGGGACUAUCUGAAAUGUUUUACUAAUUUGCUUGACUCUUUGUGGAACACAACAUUGUAUGUUGGCAGGCACAAUUUAUAACUACCGAAUAAAAUAGGUAAUAAAAUUUA